GAAAACCCUAAAGAUGGAGGAAGAAAGCAAGGCGAAGAUCGAGGAAACGGUGCGAGAGAUUCUGAAGGAAUCGGACAUGACGGAGAUGACAGAGUUCAAGGUCCGUAACCUCGCUUCGGAGAGACUCGGCAUCGAUCUCUCAGACAAAUCUCACAAGGCGUUCGUGCGCGGCAUCGUCAAGUCGUUCCUCGAAGAAGUGGAGUCCAAGCAACAACAACAACAGGACAAGGAAGAGGAAGAGGAAGAAGAAAGAGCUAAGGAGGGAAACAAAGAGUUUGACGAUGACGGCGAUCUCAUCAUUUGCAGGCUGUCGGAUAAGAGGAGAGUGACGAUUCAGGAGUUUAGAGGAAAGAGUUUGGUUUCCAUCAGAGAGUAUUAUAAGAAAGACGGCAAAGAGCUUCCUUCUUCUAAAGGAAUAAGCUUAACAGACGAACAAUGGUCAACGUUCAAGAAAAAUAUUCCAGCUAUCGAAGCUGCUGUCAAGAAAAUGGAAUCGCGUGUCUGACGAACUUGUGGUUGAUUCUGCUUUCAGAAACAUAUGCAAGUGUCUUGUUGAAUCAGUGGUGCAAAAUGUUAUUGUGUUUAUGUAACUUAUUUUCUUUCUUCGGUUGGUCGUAAUGUGUUUCUAAGAGGACCUGGCGAACGAGCCACUAUCAUCAGAGUAUUCAGUUUGUUUAUUGUUUAUUAUGCUACCAGA